UAAUGGGCUGAUCGUUUAUUGAUUGUCUAAUAUGGUGAUAUUUAAGAAGCAGGCGUAGCGUGCCCCGCCCCCGUUACCAUCAUUACUUCCGAGAAUACAUUCUUUCCGGACGGUGCACACUAAGACCGCACACCAGAAAUGCUACCCUGUAGGGGAAAGACACAAUCCUUCGCCAGGAUUUUCUGAGGCUCUGCAUGCUUUUUUCUGCAGCUUGCCAGAUUAAAGCUUUGUCAUGGACCGGAGCUUGCAAACGCCUGUUUUUGAACAGUUGUUGAGUUUCAGAAAUAUCUUUCUGCAUGGGAUUAUUUUCAACUUUGAGGAUGAGAAUCCCUGAAUUCAGAAUUUGCUUCCACACCUUGACUAGCUGAGUAGCUCUGAGAGAAUCACUUAGCUCCUCUGAACCUUUUGGUCUUUUUUACUUCUGCCUCGCAAAGCAUUUGUGAGAAGCCUGCAAAAUGUCUCAAAGGUUUGUUAUUUUUAUCUGCAGAGCAAGUGUAAAGAGAGUUGUGGUAGUUUACUGUAGGAAGUUAUUAGUGAUCCUUUUAAAAAUUCCUUUUCAUUACCCCCAGAUCAGUUAGAAAGGACGGAGAAGUUUUUCUCGUCUUAUGCCUGCUGUUACUUCGUUUAUAAUUUAGUCAUUCUUCAGAUCGUUGCAAAAACCUAACUGGCCUCCCAGACCUUCCUCUUCCAUCGUUCCUUCCUGGUACAUUCUUCACCCCACUUAAGACUCCCUUCAGGCUCAGAGUGGCAGAGGUCUUCCCCUUUACUGCACAGGACAGAAACCACAAAAGAAAUGAUUGGCGGCAAGGCAGAACCCGCUAUGAGCAAAGCUCCAUGGCUCAUGUGGCAAUGUCACAUGGCACGUGACAGACGAGGAAGAAUUCGCAGCUCCCAUUGUAAACAGAGGAAACAAAACCCCGCAUCUCAGUAAAACGUGAACAAAAUAUUCUUGUAGAUGAUGUUCUCCAAGCUCUAAGGAAGAAGUCAAGCAAGAAUUAAGGGGGCUGGAGAGGACCAUUCUUCGCAGACGACAAUGACAAGGGAAAGUUGGGCCCACAGUGCUCUGAGACAAGAGGGUCUUGUGAAAGGGAAGGAUGACACCUGGAAGUGGGGGACAAGCUUCCAGGGGAGCAGCAGCUCCUCCGUCUGGGAGACCUCCCACCUGCACUUCAGGCAGUUACGGUACCACGAGACGUCGGGGCCACAGGAGGCGCUGAGCCGGCUCCGGGAGCUCUGUCGUCGGUGGCUGAGGCCAGAGGCGCGCACCAAGGCACAGAUUUUGGAGCUGCUCGUGCUGGAGCAGUUUCUGCGCAUCUUGCCUGGUGAGAUCCGGACCUGGGUGCAGCUGCACCGCCCCGGCAGUGGCGAGGAGGCUGUGGCCCUGGUAGAGGAGCUGCAGAGGGACCUCAAUGGACCAGCACUGAACGUUCCAGUCCUUGUUGAGGACCCGGAUGCUCUCCAGGAGGGGCUGAGUGUUUCAGGAACAGUGCUUCCUCCUGCACCCACGGACAGCCACGUACCAGCUGGAAGUUGUCCAAACCCUCUUGCUGACCCAGUGGUGUUCAGAGUCCAAGAGCUUCGACAUGAUUCUCCUGCCCCGGAAGCCUCUGCCCUUUCCCAGGAGGAGAACCCAAGAAAUCAAUUAAUGGCACUUAUGCUCCUAACAGCCCAGCCCCAGGAGCUGGUGAUGUUCGAAGAGGUGUCAGUAUGCUUCACUGCAGAGGAGUGGGCAUGUCUGGGCCCCAUUCAGAGGGCCUUGUACUGGGACGUGAUGCUGGAGAAUUACGGAAACGUGACCUCCCUGGAAUGGGAGACCAUGACUGAGAAUGAGGAAGGGACAUCGAAGUCAAGUCUUUCUCAAAGAGCAGACUCUCAGAAAGGGACACCAAAAAGACUUCAAGGAGGUGUUUUCCAAGUCGCUGGUUUUGAGGAAGAGUGUGAAUGGCAAGUUUCGGGAAGUCAGUGGAGAAAUGAAACCCCGGAAAGAGUAGAUACAGUGAAAAAAGGUCCCACUUGUGAACGAGAAAAGAAGAAAAGGACUCCACCAGAAAAACGAGGCCAAAAGUGGAAGGAAUUUGGAGAAAGCUUGCCUUUAGGUUCAGCUAUUUCAGAAAGUUUAAUAGGUACUGAAGGUAAGAAGUUUUAUAAAUGUGAUAUAUGUUGUAAACAUUUCAAUAAAAUCUCCCACCUUAUAAACCACCGGAGAAUCCACACUGGGGAGAAACCUCAUAAAUGUAAGGAGUGUGGGAAAGGGUUUAUCCAGCGCUCAAGCCUUCUAAUGCAUUUACGGAACCAUUCUGGGGAGAAACCUUACAAAUGUAAUGAGUGUGGGAAAGCAUUCUCACAAAGCGCUUACCUUCUAAACCACCAGAGAAUCCACACUGGGGAGAAGCCCUACAAAUGCAAGGAGUGUGGAAAGGGCUUCUACAGACACUCAGGCCUUAUUAUCCAUCAAAGGCGCCAUUCAGGGGAGAGACCUUAUAAGUGUAAUGAGUGUGGGAAGGUGUUCUCUCAGAAUGCUUACCUCAUUGACCAUCAGCGGCUCCACAAAGGGGAAGAGCCUUAUAAAUGUAACAAGUGUCAGAAAGCUUUCAUUCUGAAAAAGAGCCUCAUUCUGCACCAGAGAAUCCAUUCUGGGGAGAAACCUUAUAAAUGUGAUGAAUGUGGGAAAACCUUUGCUCAGACCACUUACCUCAUUGACCAUCAGCGUCUCCACAGCGCAGAGAACCCUUACAAGUGUAAAGAAUGUGGGAAGGUUUUCAUCCGAAGUAAAAGCCUCCUCUUACACCAGAGAGUCCACACAGAAAAGAAGACCUUUGGUUGUAAAAAAUGUGGCAAGACUUUCAGUUCCAAGUCCAGCCUCAUUGACCAUAAGCGGCUGCACAGCAGGGAGAAGCCAUAUAAGUGCACUGAGUGUGGGAAAGCCUUCACACAGAGCGCUUACCUUUUUGACCAUCAGAGACUCCACAAUGGAGAGAAGCCCUACGAAUGUAAUGAGUGUGGGAAGGUUUUUAUUCUGAAGAAGAGCCUCAUUCUACAUCAGAGGUUCCACACCGGAGAGAAUCUCUAUGAGUGUAAAGACUGUGGCAAGGUCUUUGGCUCUAACAGAAACCUGAUUGACCAUGAGCGACUGCACAAUGGGGAGAAGCCGUAUGAGUGUCGAGAGUGUGGGAAAACCUUUAUUAUGAGCAAAAGUUUCAUGGUCCAUCAGAAACUCCAUACACAGGAGAAAGCCUACAAAUGUGAGGAUUGUGGGAAGGCUUUCAGUUAUAAUUCGAGCCUGCUCGUGCAUCGGAGAAUCCACACUGGAGAAAAGCCCUUUGAAUGUAGUGAGUGUGGAAGAGCUUUCAGUUCAAACAGAAACCUCAUUGAACACAAGAGAAUCCACAGUGGUGAGAAGCCCUAUGAGUGUAAUGAGUGCGGCAAAUGCUUCAUUCUGAAGAAGAGCCUCAUUGGCCAUCAGAGGAUUCACACGAGGGAAAAAUCUUACAAAUGCAAUGACUGUGGGAAAGUCUUCAGUUACCGCUCAAACCUUAUAGCCCAUCAGAGAAUCCACACUGGCGAGAAGCCAUAUGCCUGUAAUGAGUGUGGGAAGGGCUUUACUUACAACAGAAACCUUAUUGAACAUCAAAGAAUUCACAGUGGGGAGAAAACUUAUGAGUGCCAUAUAUGUAGAAAAGUCCUUACCUCUAGUAGAAAUCUUAUGGUACAUCAAAGAAUUCACACUGGAGAGAAACCAUACAAAUGUAAUGAGUGUGGAAAAGACUUUAGUCAGAACAAAAACCUUGUUGUCCAUCAGAGAAUGCACACUGGGGAAAAACCUUAUGAGUGUGAGAAGUGUAGGAAAUCUUUUACUUCUAAGAGGAAUUUAGUUGGCCACCAGAGAAUCCACACAGGGGAGAAGCCCUAUGGCUGCAGUGUGUGUGGGAAGGGUUUUAGUCAGAGUGCAAACCUGGUGGUGCACCAGCGAAUCCACACUGGGGAGAAGCCUUUUGAGUGCCACGAGUGCGGGAAGGCCUUCAUUCAGAGUGCAAACCUGGUGGUGCAUCAGCGAAUCCACACCGGACAGAAACCUUACGUGUGCUCAAAAUGUGGGAAGGCCUUCACUCAGAGCUCCAAACUUGCUCGGCACCAGAAGGUCCACAUCACAGAGAAGUGCUAUGAGUGCAAUGAGUGCGGGAAGACGUUUACCCGGAGCUCGAACCUCAUCGUCCACCAGAGGAUCCACACGGGGGAGAAGCCCUUUGCCUGCAGUGACUGUGGCAAAGCCUUCACACAGAGUGCAAAUCUCAUUGUGCAUCAACGAAGCCAUACUGGUGAGAAGCCAUAUGAGUGUAAAGAGUGUGGGAAAGCCUUCAGCUGCUUCUCACACCUGAUUGUGCACCAGAGGAUUCACACUGCAGAGAAACCUUACGACUGCAGCGAGUGUGGGAAAGCCUUCAGUCAGCUCUCUUGCCUUAUCGUCCACCAGAGAAUUCACAGUGGAGACCUUCCCUACGUGUGUAAUGAGUGUGGGAAGGCCUUCACGUGUAGCUCUUACCUUCUCAUUCAUCAGAGAAUCCACAACGGGGAAAAACCUUACACAUGCAGUGAGUGUGGGAAGGCCUUCCGGCAACGGUCGAGUCUCACCGUGCACCAGAGAACCCACACUGGGGAGAAGCCCUACGAGUGUGAGAGGUGUGGGGCUGCUUUCAUCUCCAACUCCCACCUCAUGCGCCACCACAGGACCCAUCUUGUCGAAUGACAGUGCAAGUCGCCUUGCACAGCCUGGAGGGCUCGCACAAACCCAUGACCACUCGCCUCUGCGACUAAGUAGCUGCUUGCCCUUGGGCAGGACCACCCCAGCUUCAGUUCUUCACAAGAGCCCAACACUACCCAGCCCAGAGGGUUCCUGUGAAGGCGAAAGGAGACAGGCAUUUAGAAGAGCUCCUGGCCCACAUGAGCUUCCCAGCCCUCCGCGCCGCCUCAUCUCCUGGGCCUGACAUCCACGGGGAGAGCUCAGCCUCUCACAUCAGACCAAGGCGACAGUCCGACUGCCACCUCCGUCCACUCUCCCUUGCGCCCAUCACCGGCAUUUCUGGUCCGCGGCUCACCCAAGGACCACCCUACAAGGAGCUCACGGACGACUUUACCCUCCGGUCGGGCGCCGGGACCACAGGGACACCUAGCCAUCGGGGUCGGUCGGGGCGCGCCCGCACUGGGAGUCAGUCCUCCGCUAACUGCCCGGCCCAGCAAGGGCUCCCCCGGGCUUUUGCGCAGACGCUUCCAGCCUGGCUGAGACGGCCCGCUCCGGCCCCGGGCAGCAGCUGCAGUUGUCUUGAGGGGUGAGGAAGGCUUUAAUAAGGGACAGCGGGAGCGCAGCUGGCCUUGGAGGGACCUCCGGAGGGCUCGGAGCGCACGCCUCCUUCCAGGGCCGUAUAGACGUGCCCCUCCGGCUUCCUAGAGAGGCAGCGGAGGCAUGCGCGAGGUCGCUGAUGACGCACUUCCGGUGCGCCUCCGCUCUAUCCGCCCCAGACUACGAGGCUUGUGGUCUGGGUUUCCGCGCUCCUCGGGUCGUCGUCGCUGUCCCGCAGGAGGACCGGCUGUCACGAAUAAACCUGGGACCAGUUCAGAGAAGUCAAGACCACCCGAUUCCUGCUUUUCUAU